AUGGGACUGCGGGCUGGAGGGGCGCUGGGCAGGGCCGGCGCGGGCCGGGGGGCGCCCGAGGGCCCCGGGAGCGGCGGCGGCGCGCAGGGCGGCAGCAUCCACUCGGGCUUCAUCACCGCCGUGCACAACGUGCCGCUGAACGUGCUCAUCCGGCCGCUGCCGUCGGUGCUGGACCCGGCCAAGGUGCAGAGCCUGGUGGACACGAUUCAGGGGGACCCCAACAGUGUGCCCCCCAUCGACGUCCUCUGGAUCAAAGGGGCUCAGGGUGGUGACUACUUCUACUCCUUCGGGGGUUGCCACCGCUACGCCGCCUACCGUCAGCUCCAGCGAGAGACCAUCCCUGCCAAGCUGGUCCAGUCCACCCUGUCCGACCUGAGAGUGUACCUGGGCGCUUCCACCCCGGACCUGCAGUAGCAGCCUCCACGACCCCCCUGCCCAAGCCCCCAAGAACCCAGAAGACACACUUGGCUUCCCACUGGCUAGGUCAUGCACCAAGACAAUGCCCUGGCCCUCCAGGUCUGGGAGGAGAGGUGACAGGGCAAGGGACAGGACUCCCUGAGGGCUGCACCUGCUCCAACCAAGGCGUCGUACCUUGUCCACCUGCAGUGGUGGGGCAGGAGUGGGAAGUGCGUGGAGGUCAGGAGAAUGAGAGGAAGGGUGCGGGCUGAGGCCAGCCUGGGUCUCCCAGCUUUUUUCCCUACCCUUGGCUCCUCCACUUCCGCAGUGCGGGCUUUCCACCCAUUCUCUGCCCCAGGCAACGGUGACAGAGUGACCAACGGACUUUACGAGAUGCAGUCCUGAGUGCCAGGUGCCUCCCUAGAUUGGAUCUUAGAACAAGACAGGACAUUAGUGUAUACGGUCUGGCUUUGAACUCGUGAGCAAUGGACCAGUGGCAGCCAGGGGACAGGCUCAGGCACUGCUUCAUUAGCCACGAGCAGGAGCCGGCUCGCCAGGCACAAACUCCCCAGAAUUGGUCUCUGGGUUUUCACAGAUGGAUGAUGCUCAUGUCAGAUGUUGAUAGACUGGGGGCAGGGCAUCCCAGGACUCUGUGCACCGUCUUUGCAACGUUUUUUUCUGAAAAUCUCAAGUUAUUCAAAAAUAAACAUUUAUUUCCUUAAA